AGGGAGAAGUGAGAGAGGAUUCAACGGGGCGAGAGACCAAUGAGUUGGCUGGACUGACUGCCGUACCCCAGUGAGCUAGCUAGCUGUGGAUGUGAGCAGAGUGGCGUGUCUUUGGAGCAGGGAUACUGCUGCUAUUGAUCCAAACCACCUUCAUCUGUUCUGCCUGCCAGGUGUACUGCUACAGCACAGCUCUCUGAACAGAGAGGGAGAGCAACAGAGAGAGAUCUUACCAGUCUCCUCCCUGUGUUCCUGGGUGCGUGUGUUCACCUCUACUGCCUCUGCCGAACAAGAUAAGUGUGUGUGUGUGGGAGCUCCGACGGAAAACAACCACACACUCUCUCCGCUGAGCCUGAGAGUCUCAGAAGAGCAGCUAACAAACCAACGACCUCCAGCUCCCAGCCGUCGGUUUGAGAUGACAUUGUGUGUGAUUUGAGCUUCACUUGAGCGUGAUCUGCUUUACCUGGACUUGUGAGAGCGGUGGUCUGGUAUUUCUGGACAUGUGAGAGCGGUGGUCUGGUAUUUCUGGACAUGUGAGAGCGGUGGUCUGGGUAUUAAUGGACAUGUGAGGGCGGUGGUCUGGGUAUUAAUGGACAUGUGAGGGCGGUGGUCUGGGUAUUAAUGGACAUGUGAGGGCGGUGGUCUGGGUAUUAAUGGAUAUGUGAGAGCGGUGGUCUGGGUAUUAAUGGACAUGUGAGAGCGGUGGUCUGGUAUUUAUGGACAUGUGAGAGCGGUGGUCUGGGUAUUAAUGGAUAUGUGAGAGCGGUGGUCUGGGUAUUAAUGGACAUGUGAGAGCGGUGGUCUGGUAUUUCUGGACCUGUGAGAGCGGUGGUCUGGGUAUUUCUGGACCUGUGAGAGCAGUGGUCUGGUAUUCCUGGACCUGUGAGAGCAGUGGUCUGGUAUUCCUGGACCUGUGAGAGCCGUAGGAGGAUGGGAGGAAAUCAGCUACCUGGACAGAACAACUGCUGACCCCUGGAGAGAGAGGAGAGGAAGAGCAGUGAUGCAGACAGCCUUCAGUGUCUUAGAACAGACUGCCUCUCUAGGUCGACCUAAAUGUGACUGCCUUAGAUAUUCACAUGUAGCAGGGUAGGAGAGAAAGUGUGUGUGAGUGCAUGUGUGAUCGCGUAAGGGAGUGUUGAGGGCUUGCUGCUGGUGCUGAGAGCGACUGAGGAGAGAGGGAGGUUGGAUCGGAGCAGAGAGGAAAAAGGCUUAGGGAUGACUGUGUGGAACUGGAGGCUAUAGCUAACCUUGGAAUCAUCCUUGGAAGCUUGAGGGGCUUCCGCCACUACUCCACCCCAAAAAGAGGAACUAGGACUGGUGAAAGAUCCGGGCUCUGUGGACCCUAAACCUGGUGCCUAGGGAUAAGAUGGGAUCCAAGAUUUGAGAUCUGAACUUUUUAAGACAUUGGGAUGAUUUCAGAGGACCCUGUGAGGGAUGAGGUUGUCGGGGGUGCGAGAGUGGGCUCCCCACGCCCGGUGAACAUGGUUGGCCCCUCCCCACUAUGAGCAUGCAGGUCCUUCAUAUGGUCAGGGAGCUGGUGUCUCCCUCCCGACGCAGAGCAGCCACCAGAUACGGAGCGUCUGGUACAGAGCAGGAUGCUGUGCUGAGGCUUGAGCAGGAGAGGGCUGAGAUCGUCUCCAAAUAUGACAAGGGAAAAGAGGGCGCCACUGUGGAACCCUGGGAGGAUGCAAGCUUCCACCUGUACAAAGUUAUUGACCGCUUCGGCUUCGUACAUGAGAACGAACUUCCGUCCCACGACUCGGUGGAAGAGAAGCAAAAGCACUUAGAGGUAGAAAGGACCUCAAAAUGGCUGAAGAUGAUGAAGAGCUGGGACAAGUAUAAGAACAGUGAGAAGCUGGUGAGGCGGAUCUAUAAGGGAAUUCCUCUACAGCUCCGAGGAGAGGUGUGGUGUCUGCUCCUCGACGUUCCCAAAAUAAAGGAGGAGAAGAAAGACUUCUACGAGAAGCUGAAGCUCAGGGCUCGAGGUCUGUCUCCUGACGUCCGUCAGAUUGACCUGGAUGUGAACAGAACCUACAGGGACCACGUCAUGUUCAUGACCCGCUACGACGUCAAGCAGCAGGCUCUGUUCCACGUCCUAACAGCCUACUCCGUGUACAACACGGAGGUGGGUUACUGCCAGGGCAUGAGUCAGAUCACUGCUCUGUUGCUCAUCUAUAUGAAUGAAGAGGAUGCCUUCUGGGCUCUGGUCAAACUGCUGUCUGGACAGAAACACGCCAUGCAUGGGUUUUUUAUCCCCGGCUUCCCCAAGCUGAUGCGCUUCCAGGAGCACCAUGACCGCAUCCUCAAGAAGAUGAUGCCCAAACUGAAGUCACACCUGGACACACAGGAGGUGUUCACCAGCCUGUACACUAUGAAGUGGUUCUUCCAGUGUUUCCUGGACAGGACCCCCUUCACCCUGACCCUGCGGAUCUGGGACAUCUAUAUCCUGGAGGGAGAGAGAGUUCUGACUGCCAUGUCCUACACGGUCCUCAAACUGCACAAGAAGCACCUGUUGAAGCUGUCUAUGGAGGAUCUGGUUGAGUUUCUGCAGGUGACUCUGGCCAAGGACUUCUUCUUUGAGGAUGACUUUGUGAUUGAGCAGCUGCAGAACAACAUGGUGGAGCUAAGGAGGUCCAAACUGGAGCUGGCCGCACCAGGUAAAGAGGACGAGUAUCCCAAGAAGCUUCUUGGGCAGCUUCCCCCAGAGCCAGCUGUGAACCAGAACCACGUGGCGAAUGGUCAGAGCCACGCCCAGCCGGCCGAGCCCCCAAAAGCGCCUAGCCCCUCCCCCGAGCGCCAGCGGGACAGCCGACCCCCCAGCCGGGCGCGCAGGGACUCCUUGGAGAAGCUGGUCCGGCAGCACAAGGCUGAGAAGAGGGAGGCCAGAUCACGGGGGUCUGGAGAGAACUCCGUCCACCUAGACCCCCACUGCAAACAGCCCUCCGCCCCCACCUUUGCUACCCCAGAGAGAGGGUUCACACCUACACCGUCCCCGGCGCCCUCUCCCUCGCCACACCCCAACCCUCCUACAAAAGUGGUGGACAGAGGGAAGCCUCAGAACCACGCCACGGCCAACCACAACUCCAAUGCCGCCUCCAGCAGCUCCCGUAAAGACAUCGCCCCGCGCUGGGUCAAGCCCUCCGAGACCAAGCUGGAGGCAGCCAAGGCAGCGGCGGCCAGGGAGAUCCAGCCCUCCUCCAGCCCUGAUGACACCCUGCUGCUCAACCCCCGGCCCCGCUCCAGGGGCUUGAUCGCAGGCUCCAACCGUGGCUCCAACGCCUCUCAGUACGACAACGUUCCCGGGGGGGCAGAGCAGGACUUUGUGGAGGUCCUGGAGCUAGACAGGCCACCGUCGCAGAUGAGGCGCAGCGAGACACCGUCCUUACCCCCCACCCACACCCCCAGCCUGCAAGGGAGCAUGGUCUCCAUAGGACCAGUGGGUAGGCAGGCCAAACACCCCAUCCCCACUGCCCUGUCCCUCAACAGCCCUGCGGGGGGUAAACCCUAUGUCCACCCCAACGGCCAGAGCCAGUACCACACACCCCCCCAGCAGUACUCCCCCGGCCGGCCUGCUAUGGUGCCACUCCACUACCCUCCGUACAGUGUGAGCCUUGAGCAGAGGGGACUGGGAGAGGACAGGCACUACGGCCCCCCGCCCUCCCGAGGCACCCCACCUAUGGGUCUGAUGUAUGGGGAGAGGGCGUACGUCACCACCCAGCGGCCCAGCCACUCUCCGGAGAAGGCCCUCAUGAACAACUCCUAUGGCACCACCCACAGGCAGCCUCCCAGCUCAGCCCAGCCGCCCCGGACCCUUGUAGCCCCGCAGGUCCCCCGCACCAUACAGCAGCUGGACAGCCCUGGUAGUAACGCCUCAACAUACCUGCACCAGCCCACACGGCUCACCUCCACUGCAGCCGCCUAUCCGGUGUACCCUCCUGUUGACUAUAACAGGUACGAGGGGCGCAGGAGAGGGGAGCAGACCUCUCCCUACCUGCCCGAGGGGCCAGGCCGGGGAGGGGCAGCGGAGGUGCAGCCGUGGAGGCAGCAGGAAGGUGGUGACAUGUCACGUGCCCCUGGAGGUGUACCCCGCUCCCCCAGCUUCCAGAGGGCCCAGAUGUCCCCCGUGCAGGAGUUCACCUUCCCUGACGGCCUGGCUCACUACAGGACACAGUUCCACGAGCAGCAGCAACAGCCCACCAUGAGGCAGCAGCUCCCCCCGCUGUUCGGAGGACCACACUACAGGCACGCACCAGAGGCGUUCACCAUGCAGGAGUCUAUGUUACUGUGAGAGGAGGAGAGUGGGAUGGAAAGACACUGAGGUGUAGUCACUGACACUGUGGCAGCAGAGACCAGCGGUAGUCCUACUAGAGUUAAGGAGUUUUAGUUUGGUCUGUUUGUGCUUUAUAUGUGACGUUCUGGCCCAUAAAGUCAUACUGCAUCGUGAAUGCUGCAGUAUACCAGCUUCUAAUGUUUUUAUGGAUCCCUUUUAAAAACCCACUGAAGAUUGAUUAUUUUAUUUUUUCGGAUGUUAAAUGACAUUAAUUAAUUAAUUAAUGACAGGAGUUUUAAAGUAUAUAUGUAUAUCUAUCUUUUAGAGUUGAAAAAUGUACAGUAAAUGAUGUUUUGUUUAUAUGCUGAGUUAUUGAAAAGUUAUGAGUAGCAGGGGACACUUCUCCUGGCGAGACAAACUCAGUGAUUUGAUUUUUUCUUUUUUAUGAGUUACUUCCAAAAUAUCUACUUUAGAGGUCAAUUUACUCGAUAUGCUUGUGAAUAUCUUAUUUUUCAGAGAGAAGAAACAAAGCUACGUCAAAUAAUAGAAUUACGGAACAGUGACAAUUAAAAUCCUUGUCGAAAAUAUAUAAUUUCAAUUUUGAAGCACCUCCACUGUAUAACGACGGUUUUUAAAACUUUAUUUUUUCAUUGAGAUUAUUCUGUCGUCGCUCAGUUUAGCGACCACUGUCAUUUCUAGUCAUUGCAAAGCAUUUCUGUAACCCAAAUAGUGUGUACAGUAUGUUUGUGUAUCGAGGCCAGUGUCUGCUUUAUACCCAAUAUUGAGACUGUAAAAUCUAUCAACAGUGAACUGUUUUGUCGUCCGUAGAAAAAGCACCCCCUUUCUCCCCUGAAGUAAUGUACGAUUUACUUCCCUCUGAAUAGUUGACAUGAACAUUAAUUGCAUAUUAACAGUACAGUAUUUUCAUCACCACACGGUAGGUGUCAGCUAGCUGCAAUAGGUUUCUAUAGAGGGGGAAUGUGUACUGGUAUUGAAGUACUUAUUACUAAGCCGCAAUAUGCUUUCAUUGCCAACUCAUGUCUUGUAUUUUCAGCAGUCACAUUCACUGCUGUUCAGUUACCAGCACUUACAUAUUAAAUCAUUCCAUAUACACACAUCAACACUUACUGACUAUAUACAUACUACUUUGUGGUGUGACGUCACACAUUUGAAUACAUAUUCAACCACCUCCCCUUUUAUUGCUGAUUCUCAACUCUGUACUUUUUGAUACAAUGCUUAUCGUUCUCAAAACGGUUAUAAUUAUACUGUUAUUAUUUGAACGUGCAAAUAAGUCAUUCCUUUUUUUGCUGUUGUAAAUAAUUAAUUGCAAAACAGUUUCAGGUCAUUCUUCAGAGACUUUUCUUUACUUAAUAAAAACAAAUUGGGGUGUGCAUUUCUGA